AUGGUGAGAACAGCUAUCAGAUACACUCCCUCCAUUCGUGGCUCGGCCUCUCAAUCCUCUAUCAUGCAGACCUCUCUGAUCUUACCUCUCCUGCUCUCGACUGUCUCUUUGGCAUCACCUCUGGUGUCACGGGAUAGACAGCCUGAUUGGAUCGCAGGAGAGAUCGCAUAUGCUGAAACCUACGACAUUACCCUUCAGCCGAACCAUAUGGAUAUCGGUAAACGAGGCGUGCUCCUGGCUCGCUACAACGACGGCGAAGGCCGUUACCUGGGUUCCGACGGCAAUCAUCAGUACGCCUCGGGUGUCAAGUGCUGGAACGAUUAUUUCGUUGUCGAACAGAACCUUUACAACGACCCUUGGCGCCAGGCCUCCAGCAAAGGCGUCAACAACCAGGUCUGCGAGACUACUUCUUUCGAAAUUUCGGCUGGAAUCACGGCCGAGUUCGUGACUGCCAGUAUCAGCGUUGGCCAUCAGACGCAGACUUGCAGCGGAUCGACCUCUUUGACUGCGUGUACCUGGAACGAUCAAGGGUGCCAUGUCAUUUGGAGCCAACAGCAGAUGUUGAGCCAAAAGGGGUACCAAAGACGAAGAAUUACGGUUGUGGAAGCUCCUGCAAUGAUAGCUUCUGACUCGAGGGUCACCCUUCGGCAGCGCAUUAUGUGGAAGUUAGACAGCUGCGCACGUACGCUGUUUUGA